AGCUGUUGCCCGGGAGACGCAGGUACACAGGAUCGUUGGCCGUUGCCCGGGAGUCGAGGGCCACAGAGUACAGUCGCUCGCACAGCUCCGGGACUGCGGGGUCGUGGGCACACGACCGGGGUCGCCAUGAGUCAGAGGCGGGUGCUGCAAGUGUUCGAGCAGUACCAGAAUGCCCGGACCCAGUUCGUGCAAAUGGUGGCGGAGCUGGCGACCAGACCCCAAAACAUCGAGACGCUGCAGAACGCGGGUGUAGUAUCUUUGUUGAGGCCUCUUCUUCUGGAUGUGGUCCCAACAAUUCAGCAGACGGCUGCUUUGGCUCUUGGGAGACUGGCGAAUUAUAAUGAUGAUCUUGCAGAAGCAAUUGUGAAAGGCGACAUUCUUCCACAGCUUGUUUAUUCAAUGGCGGAACAGAAUCGUUUUUAUAAGAAAGCAUCUGCCUUUGUGCUCCGCGCAGUUGGCAAGCAUUCUCCUCAACUAGCUCAAGCCGUCGUUGACUGUGGAGCUCUGGAUACAUUAGUGAUCUGCUUGGAAGAUUUUGACCCUGGAGUCAAGGAGGCUGUCGCUGGGGCACUUAAAAAUAUUGCCAGGCAUAAUGCAGAACUGUCACAAGCUGUGGUCGAUGCAGGAGCUGUCCCUCUUCUAGUGCUCUGUAUUCAGGAGCCAGAAAUUGCUUUGAAAGGGGCUGCUGCUUCAGCCCUCAGUGAAAUUGCAAAACAUUCUCCGGAAUUGGCACAGACAGUAGUGGAUGCAGGCGCUAUUGCUCACUUAGCCCAGAUGAUCCUGAAUCCUGACGCUAACUUGAAGCAUCAAGUUCUUUCAGCACUCAGUCAAAUUGCAAAACAUUCUGUGGAUCUUGCAGAAAUGGUGGUAGAAGCAGAGAUUUUUCCUGUUGUACUUACCUGUCUGAAAGAUGAAGAUGAAUUUGUGAAAAAAAAUGCUUCCACUUUAAUUAGAGAGAUUGCAAAACAUACACCUGAGCUUUCACAGUUGAUCGUUAACACUGGAGGAGUGGCUGCCAUGAUUGACUGUAUUGGAUCCUGCAAAGGAAACACACGGUUACCUGGGAUCAUGAUGCUCGGUUAUGUUGCAGCUCAUUCUGAGAACCUGGCCAUGGCAGUGAUCAUUUCUAAGGGUGUACCCCAGUUAGCCCAGUGCUUGUCGGAGGAACCAGAGCAUCACAUUAAGGCUGCUACUGCUUGGGCCUUAGGACAAAUUGGCAGACACACCCCAGAGCAUGCAAAAGCGGUGGCAGUCAGCAACACUUUGCCAGUUCUGCUUUCUUUGUACAUGUCAGCAGACACUUCCGAGGAUCUUCAGAUAAAAAGUAAAAAAGCCAUAAAGAAUGUCUUACAAAAAUGCACCUACUUACCGGCCCUUGAGCCUUUGCUGUAUGAAGCACCUCCCAAUAUUCUGAAGCAUGUGGUUGGACAGUUCAGUAAGGUACUACCACAUGAUAGCAAAGCUCGACAACUUUUUGUAACAAGUGGUGGACUUAAAAAGAUACAAGAGAUAAAAGCAGAACCUGGUUCUCUCCUUCAAGAAUACAUCAACAGUAUUAAUGAGUGCUACCCAGAGGAAAUAGUAAGGUACUAUUCUCCUGGAUACUCAGAGAUACUUCUACAGAGAAUAGAAAAUUACCAGCCAUCAGCUAAAUAAGCAAAAAUUUGGUUUUGUAUUCAAUAUAACAGCAGAAUUAUUUGUGAAUAAUAAUCAUUAAUGAUAUUUCUAGAUAUUUGAACUAAAUACUUUUUAAGUUUAUACCAUGUGA